AUGUCAAACCGCACCGCAGCCGUCUCUACCAACGACCAAGGAGGCCCAGGAGCUCGCAACGGAGCCCGCCAGACCGAGUCGGCACGCAGCGAGAACGCAGCAAACCUGAACAGCGAACAUGCCAUCGACUCACCUCGGCGCUGCCAGCAGAUCUCCCAGCAGGAAAUCGAGCUGAACUACUACCGAAAGUUCCUGGAAGACUUGGUCGCUGUCGUGCGCGACGCUCAUAGCGAUGCUGUCGCUCGGCUUGUCUCGCUUAUUCGCUCCGGGGCGUCGAAGGAGGACAUCCGCCUCGCCCUUCAACGCGUCCAAGAUGAGAUUUGA